AGAAAAGAGGUUUUGAAUGUUCCCCCACCCUGCCUGUCCCUCUAGCUGUCAGAGAGGUGCGCUGUGUUGCAUCGGGUCCCAAUCGCAUCCCUUUCUCCUCCCUCCGCCGCCCACAGUCGCAGUAUGGUCGCCGCGCCGCUCCCUCCUCGAACUUUCCCUUCCAGUCGCCCCUCUCCUUGGACCUUUUAUAACCCAGAUCCACUCCCCCGACUCCGUCCAUGUCUCCCUCCACCAAACAUCAGUCGUACUAGAGAUCUCGUCGUACUAAUCAACCAACACUCGUCGCGCUUCGCCUAGCGGUUUACGAGUCAUGGACGCGACGCCGGAGGAGUUCCUGCGGACGGGCGGCUACCUCGUCGACCCGGAGCCGCUCUCCCCGUCCCUCUUCCUCGAUCUGCCACCCACGCCCCGCGCCGACGGUCCUCCCGCCGCCGCCGCCUCCGCCGCGGCCGACCUCGACCUCGACUUCAUCUCGCGCAUGCUCAUGGAGGAGGACAUCGACGACAAGUUCUUCUACCAGUACCCCGACCAGCCCGCCCUCCUCGCCGCCCAGCGCCCGUACGCCCAAAUCAUCUCCGACACCACCUCCUCCGGAUCCCCUACGGGAACCACUGCCACCUCCUCCGACGACUCUGUCAUCAACAGCAACACCGCAACAUCCUCCUCUGACGACACCACCAACUACACCUGGCCCUACGACCCAAUCGAGCUCUCCCAGCUUCUCCGCUCCCCGCCUUACGACGGCGACAUGGGGUUCGGCGGCCUCGUCACCGACUCCCCCGCCGACGAGGAUACCAGAAGCUCGUUCUUUCCCGGCGACGGCGCCCCAACUGCGGAGUUCCAGCAGAGUGCGGCGCUCUUCAAGGGCGCGGCUGAAGGUGGCACCACGUCAUUUGGCCAGAACGGCGGCAGCCCGGGCACCCAGAAUUCGGCAAUCUUGAAUGACCCGGCGGUGGAGGAGGAGGCCAAGCCGGCGGUGUUUUACGAUGGCGAUGGUGACCAGGGCGCGCUGGUCUCGGCCUUCUUCAGUGGCCAGACCGGCAGCGACAUGGAGAUGCUCAAUAUGGCAUUCCUCAAGGGCAUGGAGGAGGCCAACAAGUUCUUGCCGACCAACAACACCCUCCCCGAGGUCAUCUCCGACAAGCCCGCGCUGCGCGGCUUCACCGUCAAGAAGGAGGAGUUGGUAGAUGGGACGCUGACGUCCGGCAAUGGUCGGGGCCGCAGGUACAGGCACGACGUGGAUGACCUGGAGGCGGAGACUGGCAGGAACAGCAAGCUGAUGAUGCCGGAGCACGAGGAAACUGGUGCACGCGAGAUGUUCGACGAAAUAAUGCUAGAGGGGUACGAGAUGUGCAUGAAGGGGAUGGAGGACCUGCGUGUCGCCAUGGACAGCGAGGCCAAGAAGAACAAUACGAAAGGCACCGGGAAGGCGGCGCGCGCAAAGAGGGGCACGAGCGAGGUGGUCGACCUGCACACCAUGCUCAUCCACUGCGCGCAGGCAGUGGCCGCGGGCGACCGUCGGAGCGCGACCGAGCUACUCAAGCAGAUCCGGCAGCACUCUGGGCCGAGGGGGGACGCCACGCAGAGGCUUGCACAUUGUUUUGCCGAGGGACUGGAAGCGCGGCUUGCAGGCACCGGGAGCCAGGUGUACCAAUCACUCGUAGCCAAGCGCACCUCGGUCGUGGAGUUCCUCAAGGCCUACAAGCUGUUCAUGGCAGCUUGCUGCUUCAAGAAGGUGAGUUUCGGAUUCGCCAACCUGACCAUCUUGGAUGCCGUGGUGGGGAAGAGCCGCUUGCACAUUGUGGAUUUCGGUGUGCAGUAUGGACUCCAGUGGCCGGGCUUGAUGCGUUUGCUGGCGGAAAGGGACGGCGGGCCACCGGAGGUGAGGAUCACCGGCAUUGACCUCCCGCAACCUGGGUUCCGUCCAGCCUGCCAGAUUGAGGAGACAGGCCGCCGGCUCAGCAAUUGUGCCCGCGAGUUUGGCGUCCCAUUCAAGUUCCACAGUAUCGCAGCAAAGUGGGAGACAGUGCGUGCCGAGGACCUAGGAAUCGACCGAAAUGAGGUGCUUGUUGUCCUUUGCCAGUGCGGUUUGAGUAACCUGAUGGACGAGAGCCUUGUCACAGACGGCCUAAGCCCCAGAGAUUUGGUUCUCAGAAACAUUCGGAACAUGAGGCCUGAUGUGUUCAUCCAAUGUGUUGCAAAUGGCACAUAUGGCGCACCCUUCUUUGUUACACGGUUCAGGGAGGCUCUGUUCUUCUACUCAGCGCACUUCGACAUGCUGGAUGCAACCAUCCCCCGGGAUAACGAUGAGAGGCUGCUCAUCGAGCGGGAUAUCAUCGGGCGGGCUGCAUUGAAUGUCAUUGCCUGUGAGGGUGCAGAUCGGGUGGAUCGCCCUGAGACUUAUAAGCAAUGGCAGGUGCGGAACCACCGUGCUGGCCUGAGGCAGCUGCCACUGAACCCGGAGAUUGUUAAGCUUGCGAAGGAAAAGGUCAAGAACCACUACCACAAAGACUUUAUCAUCGAUGUGGAUCACCAGUGGUUGCUGCGGGGGUGGAAAGGGCGAGUACUCUACGCUGUGUCGGCAUGGAUUGCUGAGGAUGAUAGCUAGAAGGUAAUGUUAUUGAUGUUGGUCUAUUCUUUUGUUUGUUACCAACAGAAAGCUAUGGUCCAGCAGCUCUGGUUUAGUGGACUAUCAUUUCAAGAUGGUUUGGACUGGUGAUGGUACUUCUAUGGUAGGAGUAAGUAGAGAGUAAUAAUACUAUGUAAAUUAGAUUCUUAGUAAUGAGUAUGAUUUAUUUAGGUAUACUUAUGAACAUAUUGCUCCAGAGCAAUUUUACAAAAUAAAGAACCCUGUUUUUCUUGUCCA